GUGACAUAAGAGCCUCCAUGCGGAGGAGGCAGUGCAUACAUGACGUUACCUCGGCAGCAGUCAUGAACAUCCGCUUGUCUUGUGGUGGUGAGAACGAGGUCUCGUAAGAACAAUGGCGACAGAAAAAAUGUCAAAUCCGGCCAGCGAGAGAUGAAGGUGUGUCGGUGUGAUAUAUCAUUUUAUAUUGUUUAAAUAUCACAGUCUACUUAAAAUGCUCUCAAGAAUAUGGCAGGCAAAAAUAUUAGUGUAAUUCGCUGUUUUGAGGAUGCCGAAGAUACCGGAAUACUCGAGUUGUGUGCUCGAAAUUUGAAAGAGUUUCCCGAACACCCUGAAGAAUGUGAAUUAAUAGACGUUAUCGAAUGUGGUUAGUACUUUGUAUUUUAUAUAUCACACAUUUUAACAUAAUCUAAGUAGUUAUUAACUCAGAAAUCUUGAUCCUUUUCAGAUAUUUCAAAAAAUCGCUUCACUGAGUUACCUCCGGUAAUAUGUGAAUUUGUAAUGUUGGAAAGAUUAAAUUGUCACCAUAAUUCUAUAAGAUCUGUACCAGACACAAACCGUCUUACGUCUCUGACAUGGCUUAAUCUUAGGUAAGUAAAUUUUUAUUUCUCAAGUAAAUACCGAAAAUGAAGUUUACGAUUAGACGUGCAUAAAUAAUUGCAAAAUAAUGACCAAAACAAAACAUGUUAAUAAAUUAUAAAAAGCUUCCUUGUUCAAUAUUAACUGAAUGUUAAGGUAACUUUUCAAGUUUUACGUUAUUUUAAUAGUUUUAUUCAACAGUGAAUUUAAGAACUGACAUAUCUGUUGUUUGACAUGUAAUGUAGAGUCAAGUAUCUUCCCUUUUUAGGUGACUGAAUAUGUGAAUAUCAAUAUUAUAAUGUUGUUAAUUGCUUGCUGUUUCAACAUCAGACCUUGCAUUUUGUAUGAAGUAGGAGAGCAGUUAAUUGCUCUCCUGGUUUUGCCUAUUAUCUAGAGUGAUAGGGACUAACAGUCACCCCAAAACUGCCAUAAGAUAUUGAAAUGUAAUAUUAGCCCAUUGAACACCUGAGUGCUAUCCAUGAGUAAAAUCAUGAGGUGUUGGACAAAGUAAAAUAGUGAAGUAGGGCACAUUGGGGUGCAGUGCAACUUAAUAGGUUAAUCAAUUACUUGACCUGGUAUAGACCCAUUGCACUGACGUCACAAAUCCUUAGAGUGUCCUCCAGAUGCUCCCUAACAAUAUAUGUUCUAGUACAACAACCACAUACAGCGCAAAAAUUAACCAUUUUAAUACAAAAUUAUUAUAAAGUUUUGCAAAAUUUGCUUUGUUUACAAAAGUUAUAUUAUGCAUAGAUUGCUAAUUUGUCUGCCAGAUGCAUUGUCACCGGCGCUGUGACGUCAUGUGCAAUGGGUCUAUAGUAGCAACCAAGGUGUGCUGUAAAGAGUGAUCAUGCACUUCCAACAUAGGGCCAGUGGCAACUUGGUUAUUUAUGCCCAACUUUAGCAUUUUGUUCUAUUCAAGAACCACUCUGUUGCUAUGUCUAGCUUUGUCACUGAAUUUUUGACAUCUUUGAAAUAAAUUAAGAAUGGAAUGACAAACUUUAAGAUACUAAAUUAUGGUGGUUCUUGGUCACAUGUUUCCCAUAAUAUAGUCCAUUGUUUGAUUACAGAGUCAGCAGCUCACAAUUUGCAAAUGUAAAAUUAAUUCUCUUUUUGCAAAUGCAAAUGCAAAUACAAAAUCAUCCAUUUUGAUGUUUUGAAUAACGUUUUGCAAAAACAAUGUAUUCAUGUUUACAUAUUUUGCUGACUAUUAUUGUAAUUUUGUGCUAAACGGAUGUGUGAAAUUAACUCUACAAUUUCUUCAGAAAAUUUAUGAAAUUCACUACAAAGUGGCUGCCAUUUUGUUUUGUGCAAGCAAUAUUUCUGAAGGAAAUUGCAAAAUUUGAUUUUCAAGAAGGAAAUUUACGAAUCAAUUUUUCCUCAUUAACUCGAACCCUGGAUUAUGUGCUUUAUCUUUUUAUAUAAUACAGUGAGUAUAAAUAUUUAUGGCACAGGGAUCUGCUGGCAAUCUAGAGCAAAGAUCAGUUUACAUCUUGAAAAUGUUUUCUACAUGUCAUGUAUAAUUUCCCUAAAACCUUCACAAAACCAAAGGUUUCCUUGCAUCCUUUUUUACAAUCAUGGUCCCUCAUGUAGUGGUCCAUGGUUGAGUAGCUAAUCAGAAUACAGAAUUUGUAAUAGACCAUGGUUGAGUGUAUACCAACACUAGACACCCACAUUAACAGAAAAACCCACUAAUGCACAGCAUUGUUCAACAUUGUCUGGCAUUCAACAGAACAAAAUUAAAACAGAUCCAGAUGAUGGUAUCUGGUAUAUGGUAAAAAAUAGACAUUCGGGGGUAUCCAGCAAAAUGUUGGCCGGUUUUUUAGCAGGUAAUACUGGUACUCUUAUGAAACCGCAAAAAGUUUCUUUUGUCUUAAAAAAAUUUGUGUGUUAAGAAAUUGUGGAACAAUUAUGUUCCUGUUUCACAAUGGCUCUUCUCUAACCAGUUUACUGUGAAAUCUGCAAUCAAAGUUACAGUGGGAUUGACUUUGUUGGAAAUUUCCUUUCUACUGUAACUGCAUUCAGGUACAAAUUAGCUUGCACAGCUAGUGGUUUUAAAGGGUUGAGGCAUGGGACCAACCUCUUAAAACCACCUGCUACUGUACACAGGCUAGGUACAAAUUACAAGAAGCCAAUUUACAUCAGUACAAAUGGAGUUGGUACUACCGUUUGCUCUGCAAUUCAGCAUUUUUCAGGUAUGAUUAAAAAAAUCUCUAACAUGCUGAAGAAUCUAAAUGCGAGCAAUCUUAGACAUCUAUCAGAUCCCCUUAUGUUAUAUGCAUGCCUGAGUGGAGGAUGCAAACACUGUGUGACUAUAGAUCAGCUAGAGACAUUAUAUGUUAGCUGAAAUAAAUGACUCAACACUGAGCACAAGUCUGCGAGCAGAAGGGGUAAACCAAUGUCAUUAUCGUGGAAUGGGACAAGAGUGGUCGCCUGGAAGUGAGAAGUACCUUCCAAUCUGAUCACUACAGUAAACCAACGCCAAUCUUCACAGUUUGAAACGAGAGUAAUUUGGAAAGUGUAAGUCUGGAUUCACUAUUGAAAAAGAAUACAACGUGAGAAACUCUCUGAGAACCCUACCUGGUUGAAAAGACUCAAAAUACAAAAGGGUGAGAGUCGAAUAACAGCAAGGGCCGAGACACACUGGAUGCGAUUCGACAACGCGGCGUGAUUUUUCAGUUUUUUAAAGAAAAAUCGUACCGCUUUGUCGAAUCGCGUCCGGUGUGUUUCGGCCUUAAGGCCUAGAAAAUAUAUUUCUCUUCUUGGCAGGAAAAUCCAAAGAUAAACAUUUCCUGUGUAAUUCAAAUAUAAAAUCAAGAAACCUGAAAGAAUAUGGAUCUAGCAUACUCAAUCAGCAAUCAUCGAAAUUUGACCAGAAUCGAAGGCAACUCAAGUGAAUUGUCAAGACAUUAGAGCAUUGAGGAAGAUUCGAAGCAUGUUGUCCUAUGUGCUGUAUUUGCUAAGAAAUACUGUUUUCACAUGAAAGCUAAUAGAGAAGAUCCAGUGUUGGACCAUACAUAGUGGCACUGGACUACAGUAUGUCAGCUGUACAGUAAGUAAUGGAGAAUAAACCAUACAAUCUUGGUGAGAAAUUCCAGCUGUUGAUCUUCCUUUAGUUCAACUAGCAGAAGAUUGUGCUGUGGGAAUUGACGUUUCCGGGUCUACCCGCCAAUUUACUAUCAAAACGUGGCACCUUCCCAUCCCUGAUAUGAGCAAAUAUUGACUGUACUGACAUAUUUUAUCACAUUAGCUCCCUUGACAGUACACCCAACUGUUUCUUGGCCAGGACUGUCUCAUCGCUGAAACCACUGUCAACUUCCCGGGAUGUUGGACAAAGGUGUUCUCGAAAAUCUAUUUUCUCUUCACGCGUCUCAAAUGCUGUUAGAUACCUCCUAUAGGAGGAGAGCAAGGAUAUUAAGCAAGAGAAGCUACCAAUGAAUCUGUUAACCAACGUGUUGUGCUCAUGCUGGUUCAUGCGGAUUUGAAGAAAUGCCUUCCAAAUGUCAAUGAACACAAGCACAGGAAGUUAACACUGGUGAAUUGUGACAUUCCACAUUUUUGUACGAGCGGAGCAGGAUAGUGACUUCUGGAGACAUCCAUUGAGGGAUUUUGGAGUCGUGUUGUAUGUCAAGAAGAUUGAUUUGGGAUAAUUUCAAUAAGUCUUUUCAUUAGUUGGUCUUUGGUGAUCUGCUUAUAUUCAAUGGUUUUUUCGUCGAGGCUCUAAUCUCUUGCUUAUAGAUUGUUUAGCCGAUGUACACUAACAUGUAUUUUCAUUCAAUGGCCAGUGAAGUCUGGUGAUGGUUCGAUGCUAAUUGGUGCUAUGUUCGAUUGAAUCGGCCAAUCCAAGAACGUCUGAAGAACUAGUCAUUCUUCUCUUUCUUAGUAAAAAACACGUGUUCGUCAUCAAGUUCUCGAGCGGGUUACAUGGUAAACCAUCCUAACUUCGCAUUCUUUCCCGAUGCAUGAUUCGCUUUCUUUGAUUCUUGACAAUUCAUUGGCUUAAUCUUUGCCAUGUACGUUUUCAACGUUGAUAUAUCGAGAAGCCAAUUAACACGUCAGCCAUCUUGGCAUCAUAACUCAUAAGAUCUGACUCGUCCCCAGUCGUCUCUAAAGGUCUUGGAAAUAGAGCUCGAGAAAUUGCUUGAAAAUUUAAAACACAAAUUUAAAACAAAUGUAAAAGUCAAAGCAAUACCAAGAGCGAGUGAGAUUUGAGAUAUUGCACUCUUUCUGAUAUGCUUUAAUAGAUCAAAGUCAAGAGUGGGCAGUAGCGAAGUAGUUGUAGGUCGAGUAGCGAAGUAGCGAGUAGUUUUUUACUACUUUUUAAAACAGUUGGUGUAGCAAACUACUUUUUGUCGGGAACCAACGUUGAUUACUUUUCAAGCAACAGUUGCUAUUCGCUACUUUUCGAAUUUCUUAUCAACCGACUAUAGCAAAUCUCACUGCCAGACUGCGUGCAUAUUUUUUGGUCCUUUUUGUCUAUUUCCAGAUAUAUCAGAAUCUCAGAGUUUGAUAUUUUGCAUAGCCAGUACUCAAUCUCACAAUCUUCUAAUUACCAAACCAGCGAUCGGCCUGAGUUCUCUUAUAGCUCGUUUGACCGUAUUUGCACACAAAGACGGACCAUCCUUUAAGACAACCUGCGUACGCAAGUCUGCGUAGACGAAUUUUCCAGAUAUUUUGUCUUGACGAAUGAUCCGUGUGCUUUCCGUUUAUGUCUGUGACAGUGGUUGAUAUACAGUUGGAUUAUCAGACAGACCCUCGUUUUUACCCAAGUUUGUGCACAAAUUUUCAAUACUUAAUAAACUAUGCAAACAGGGCAACAACGGCGGUCGAGGGGCCACAAAAUACGCUGUUUUCACGAGGUCUCAGUAAAUAAGUGUUUUAUUGUAUAGCCGAGUGUCAAAGUCUCAAAAAUUCACCUGGUAUUCCGAAACUGUAAUAAAACCGACCGGCAGACAUGCUGAAACUCUUGAAAAACUUUGCUUUGAACUUGCUGGUUGACGCGAGCAGCUUGCGCCUCACUUGUGGUUUUAUUAUUGACUUGUUAAUAAUUGUUUCGUUGUUGACCGGUUGUCUCCUCACCAAAGCAUGCAGUGAACAUGACGUUUUGUGGACCGGCACGUGAUAUGGGUUUGUCCAAUCGGCAAACAGGAAAAUUGAACUUGCUUGCUAUAUAAUAGUUGCUGUUUAGUUUAGUUUAGUUUAGUUUACUAAUACGUUUUUACGGUUUUAGCCGCUUUGAUUUAAUUCAUUUGGCUUUGCCUAAUUGCCUUGAACAAUGCGCUACGUACAAAUUGCAUAAUUAUACAUGCAAGGCUAGCAAAACCGCAACAGCUGAGACCAAUUAUUGCGGAUCCUUAAAGUUUGGAGUUUGGGUUUACCACUGUUCUUGCCGUUCGAAGAAUUAGUUAAAAAUAAGAAAAACAUAUAACCAUUAGUGGCGUAACUGGAAUAGAGCCCCUGGGGAGAUGGACACGUCAAAAAAGAUGCAAAAUUUGCUGAUAUAUAUACACAUCAACUUCGCCACUUCGUACUUUCUCGUACUGAAAUAGAAAUAUGGCAAAAAGUUUGCAGUUAACCCACCCUUAAUUAAACUCAAGAUUAAGCUGAGGUUAGCUGGGGUUGUUAGAAUUCAAUUGAAUGUCUGAAGGAGAUCGAGGUCUUGACGUGAACACGGACGUCGUGAAUACAUAAUGCGUCGUUAAUGCAGCUUGUCUUCAAAAUCGACAUCUAUGCAGUUUCCUGAUUUCAAAGAGGAAUGAAAGGAUUUCAAAGAAGCAAGUGUCGCCAUCUAUGACGCUUUAUUUAUGUACACCUGACGUUCGUGUUGACAAGAUCAUCACCAGCUUAAAAAUAUAUCAAUUCAUGAAGAAAAGACAAAGGAGAUCAAUACCGUGUCCAUGCUUUCAUAUUUGAUAAAACGUCAUAUUAAGUUGAAUGAACUUCAGCUACAACCGGAUCAAAGGAGAAUGCAUAAGAGUUGGCAGUCACGUGACCCUGGUUAGCUGUUCCUAAUGCUUCCCAACACUAUCAUAUAUUCUAUUUAAGUUAAAGCAUAUUUCGCCAAUGGGCUUUAUUUCGCUAAUGAACUUGGCUGUCGCCUCGUGUUUUAUAUCUGAUACUAAAACAUUCCUGCUCGUGUUUUAAAUAGUACUUAAGCUCGUUCACCCUCUUAUGAAUGGCUGUCCGCAUAGUAUUCUUUUAUUUCACUAAACGUGCUCGUCUUGCUUAUGUUCUGUUUCUUUUAUAGCAAAAAUCAACUACAGAAAUUACCAGAGCAUAUAUGUUGUCUACCUCUACAAGUUUUAAUUGUCAGCAAUAACAGAUUAUCAUGUAUUCCUGAUGAAAUUUGUUAUCUAAAGCAUAUACAAUAUUUGGUAAGUUCAAAUUACAAUAUGUAGAAAUGUUUCUUACAUGAUGUAUGUGUACCUUGGUGCUGUGGGAGUUCAUACAGUAGACUGAGGGGGUUCAUAGAGUGAGGGGGUAUAGACUGAGGGGGUUCAUAGAGUGAGGGGGUAUAGACUGAGGGGGUUCAUAGACUGAGGGGGUUCAUACUGUUUCAAUAUCCGGUUCCAAAAAUAGAGUCGGUGAACCUACGGUUCAGAACCAAUUGGAACUAUUUGAUUGAUUGAUUUUUUAAAACUCUCUGGAAAGUUAGCACCCUUGAAGAUACUUUAGAUUUUUUUAAAGGAGGGGUGAAAAUUUUCUAGUGGGGUGCAAGCGGCACCACUGAGCGAGCUUCGGCAGGGUUUAGGCGUUAGGGUUAAAGACUCGCACAAAAUAGGAGGGAUGAAGCGAAAUUUUGGUGAAGGGAUAGAGAGAUUUUAUGGUUCGCUUACAAUAUUUGACUUGCCAAUGAACCCAUACUUUUAUACUGCACCAACAACUGCCACAGUACAAGGCAAGCGUCGCUAAACACAGGAAUGGGGUUCGAAUAGGAUAAUGAUGGAUUUUUUAAGUAAAUACAAAAUUUCCAUGCUCUACAGGCAUAAACUAAACCCUUUCACGACCAUACAAGUCAAAAUCGUUCAUAUAUGAACGUCCACUUGAAAGUUUAAAACUACUAGAAGCGUACUAUAUUUGGGUACUUUGUAGCCUAGAUUUAACAACAAACACAAACUGUGCUAUUGUACUGCUUUUUAGAAUCUGAGUUCUAAUGAGUUGACAUCGUUACCAAGUAGUAUUGGUGAAUUAUCAACGUUGAGAGAAUUAAAUGUUCAUCAAAACCAUUUAGAGCAACUGCCUGAUGGUAAGUUUAUUUUAUUUAAUACAGCUGCCGCACUUGAGCAAAAAAUAAGGUGCGGCUAAUAUAAGUCUCGAAACGACAAGUUUAUACAUGCAGAUAAUUCUAUUGUGCAACCCUGGACAUAUUUUAGUCACGGAUUAUAAGUAAUAAUAUGUGGUGCAAUCACAACACUAUUAAGCCGGUAUACGAACGUAGAGGAAACGACCUGGGUACAAGAUCGAUGCUUUACAAAGUGUUUGUUCUGUUACGUUUUGGAAAUGACUAGUUACGUUUGAUAAGGUCGCUAGGCCAAUGACCAACGAAAUUCCAUUUUGACCCUUGGGCUAUUAUUCUGCGAACCCAGACGUAAUUUCCUCGUUUCUCGCUCGUUAUUUUCCAAGCGAGAAACGAGGAAAUUACGUCUGGGUUCACAGACUAUUGGGCUAUACGAGGUUUUAUAUUUUUAGAUAUUCCGCAAUUCCAGUCGCGGACACUUAGUAAAAAUUUGUCCCAUUGAAUUAAGUUCAACAUAUGCGCGACUACCUUAAGUUGGUGGAAAUCUCAGUUCUACCCCCCCCCCCCCCCCCACCCCAUUGUCCGCCAUUUACUUAAUUUCAACAAACUUUUUCUUGUUUUGUAGAAAUAUGCAAACUAAAGUUAGAAAAACUGGACUUCUCAUGUAAUAGAAUAACAGUUAUUCCAACUGUGUUUCGAUUUUUAACAACACUUAGUGACUUGGUGUUAGGCAAUAAUCCUCUUCAGUCGCCGCCAGCUCAGGUGAGACCUUACGAUGUGAGAUGGUAACCAGGAUGAGACUGCAUGAGAGUUUCCAGUCACGUGACCUUGAUUAGCUAUUCUUAAUGCUUUCUCGACACUAGGAUGUAAUAUUCUAUUUAAGUUAAAAAUUAGUUGGAACACUCAUGCAUCAAACCUUUAUUUUGUUAAUCUAGAGCUUGAGACGUCCCCUGUAACAAUGCAUGACUGCUAACUCCCAUCUUCCUUUGUCCGGGGCUUAAAUAAUACAAUGAAAUUCAUAAUAUUUGAGAAAAGAAAUAUGGAACUAAAAUCCCCACAGGAGUUUUAGGCAUCGUCCAUGUAUGCUCUGUUUAACAAUUUGUUGAGAAUUCUACAACGUUUUAAACACAACAGUUCUAUGUAGAAAUAAGUAGAAUACUCAAAUGGACAAUAUCAAGCACGAACGAGACAUAAAGUCCCAUGCAAGGUGCUUACCAUUCUAAAACUAUACAAAACAAUAAAAUAGAACAAAAUACAAAACAAAACAGCACAAACAUGAAACACAGUUAUUUACUAAGUUCUAUGACAUGGACAGUCACGCACUAAUGACCAUGUACAUGGCAUUUCUAUGUCGAACAUUGAAACAUUGAACAUUUAUAUAACGGCAAGCCACAGAUGUAUCUGCGCGCACACGCAGCCCAUCUUACUAAUGUAUUUAUGCAAUGUGAUUAUGGUGUUGUUCAAUGUGGCAGUAUGAAAUCGGAUAAGACGCUAGAACCUAUAAAAACGCUUAUAGUAAAAACGAAUCUACCACAUUUUGGAGGCUUUUACUCAUGAUUGUAUUGUCUAGUAUGCUAUCGCACUAGAAAUCGCAGCCAAAAUUGCAAGUGAAAACGAGCCUUUAGAUCUUAAACAUUUUCCUUCAAAAAUCGGUUAUAUAGUAAUAAGAUGAGCAGUAAUAUGGAUGACGUCAUUACGAUUUUAUAAACUGAUUUGUUUGUUUUCUCCAGCUAUGCACAAGGGGUAGAGGACAUAUUUUUAAGUAUCUUGCCAUCACGGCUCAAACACAUGAUAAGGUAUGUAAAAAGAGAAUAAAAGUUUUUUGUUUUUAUGGAAUAUUUACUAAUUAAUGGACGUUAUAGGGCUACAUGGCACACUUAAUAUAGCGAUCUCUUGCAUGCUAGACGUAAAAAUAUGUAAAAAUAUAAGACUUUAGUGCAACUUUAAAUACAUUUUCACCAACUAAUCAUAAAAAUAUCUAAAAUGACAAAAUUCAGGAAUAUUUGCAUAUACUUUAAACGAGAAUAUAAUUUUUGUAGGGAAAAGAUGCGAUGAAAAAGUAUAGUUUAUCUCAUCGGGAUGCUGACAGGUAAUUAUUACGGUUCUGACAAAUUGCUGAUUUGAAGAUAAAGAAUUAUCGGGUCAACCAUGAAGGGGAGGUUGGAGGGGGGCAAAGAUCUUUUAUCCAUUAAUGUUCUCUGAUAACAAAAUGAGCCAUGGGUAUUGAUUGUAAAGUGGCAAUGGUGGAAGGCAAUAUUACAGAAAUAAUUUCUGUUUCAGCAUUUUAACCGAGGCAAAUCUUCUUCCAACUCGAAAAGAUGAACAGAAAUCGCAAAAGGUAUGAAUAGUAUCCAUGUUAAAUUAAUUUGAUUGCGGUUAAGGUUUUCUCAAACUUUUCCUGUUGUUAAAAGUCAAUUUAAUACCGCUAACGGUAAUUUCAUGGACUUAAAGUUUGUUGUCAAAACUUGUUCUCUUGGUCAAGUUUUGAAAAUUCAGUCCACAAUAAAGUUGUUUUCGAAAAUACAAGUGCCAUAUUUAAAAUACGCGGGCGAUCAGACCCUGAACUAUACAAGUUUGUCGAAAUACUGGGUUGUGUCAAUAUCAACCUAUCGAUCAUUUUUCGUUACUCUUUCUAUUCCCUGGUAUUAAAUAGUCAACUUUGUCACCUUAAAUAAAAUUUAAUUAAUCCUGUAUAAAAACAAAUCUGGUGAUCUUAGCCAACGUGUGGAUUUCUUAAAGUGUGUGUAUCCGUGUUUUAAUUAAUGACGUAAUUGUCGUAAUAGACUGCUGUUUAUUACACUCUUGCCUCAAUUAUCUGGUUUUCAUAUGGUUAUUCCCUCAUGUUUCGAGCACAAUAGGUUUAAGGAUAGGGAAACAUAUUUGUGCAGGAAACAUGGGCAUAUGCCAUAGAAAUAUUAGACCUAGAAUGCGUGCUUGGUCACGUGACCGGUGUCCAAUUUGAGAACAAAAAUGCCCUUAUAAAUCCGCCAUGUUGAAUUUGAGCAGGAGUGAAAACUACAAAGUAUAUUUAAAAACAAAGCUAAAACUAAGUUCACAUCGUCAAAACGUUUUGUCUUGCUGUCUAAUUUGUAGUUUGAGGAAAGAUUUUGAAAUAUUUAAGUUCUUUUAGCUCAAAGCGAAUGUGCCGUUAAAAAAACGGUGAAAAUCAUGCAGCCUUGUAAAAACAAAGUAGUUUCGCGUAAAUAUAAUUUACUCGUAAAACAUUUUUGCAUGCUCUGAACGUAACUGUUUUGCUAAUAUCUUAUGAAAUUACGGAAUGAUAGUUCAUUCUUCGUCGGCUUUCAUUUUUGUUGCAUGCCAUAUAUGGCAUGCAACUUUCAUAUAGCUCUAAAUUUCGUGUCGUGGUCGUGAGCGGCGGUGAGCGGGGAGCGGGGGUGAGCGUACCAGUCACGUGGUAGAUUCGUAAAAGACGACUAAUACCGAGUUUUUCCGACGAGAAUUUUCAUGCUGAGUUUUCGUCGAGGAAACGCAAAGAAAUAUUGAUUAUUUGCCGAAAAUUUACAUAAUUGAGCGCUUUAGAAAAUAGGUCGAGGUAGGUAAAGCUUUUCUGUUUUUAACUUACCUUGUAUUUUGUUAUUUGUUGUGAUUUUGGAGCCGUUGUGCUCGCACUGAUUAUCAGGCGUUUAUUUAUAUUCAUAUAUCGUGAAAGCCUCAAAGCCCACGCUAUCAAAACACUCAAUUUUUAUAUACUGAAACGGAGCCAUUGUGCUCGCACUAAUUAUAUACUGUGCAAAGCUUCAAAACUACAGCACAUUUUGUAAAUAACAUGAAAUAUACAAUAAAUAUCAAACAAAAUUUGAAUUAUAAAUAGUAUUGAAAUUUAAUACAACGAAAUAGCAACCAUUGUGAAGUACGCAUAAGAUUCAACAUGACAUUCAGCAUGACAUUCGAUAUAGUGUAAAUUAACUCCUUUCAAUCACUCAAACGACCAUACAGGUCAUAUUAGCUGACUAGUACCUUUAUGCUUUUUCUACGUCGACAAUUUCAAUCAUUAUACAAAUAAUGAAUGUUUAUGUGUGCAAUGGUAAGAAUAUUUUCAUGAGGUGAAAGAUGGAAUGUUCCAUUCAACGAGGCGACAGCCGAGUUGAAUGGAACAUUCCAUCUUUCUCCGAAUGAAAAUAUUCUUACCAUUGCACGAAUAAACAUUCAUUAUUUGUUUUAUAUAAUACCAGAAUAGACUAAUAUUAAAAAGUUUACUGUAAGCUUCCUCCAUUUUGACGAGUCGUAUUGGCAUUAAAUCCCAUUUACUCAUGAGUUUCGAAUAUCGGGUUAAAAUAAACUGCGAUCACCGUACGAGAAGCAUUUUGACGGAUGCGAUUUAUCGAAAACACAAAGAGUGCAAUGGAAUAAAACGUAUAGUACAAUUGCACUCGCAAGAGUGCAAUGGAACGUAUUCCAUUGUACUCUUGGGAAAUGGAAUUUUCUAUUCAAUAUCACGUGACCAUAAACAGCCAAUUAAACUAUCAGAAUGCCUUCAAUGAGAUAUUAUAUAAAGUUUAAUUAACAAUCAGUUUCAAUCUACUAUAGUAAUUCACCGUUUCCACGUUUUUUUAUACGUUUUAAAAGAUGCAAUCAAGCUAAAUCUAUAGGAAAUAACGUUUAAUAUUUAGUUAUAAAUUUGUGAAGGAAAUCUAACAGUCAAUCGCUUUCGAUAAAACCUUGACCGACCUUGACCUUGUUAUUUCCGUCGCUUGCAACUAACGAUGAACGGUCGCUCAUAAAAACAUUGCCUAUUCGUGUGAGAAUCUUAAGUUUCUUAUUUUGACAUAAAAGCUAUUUUUCAAUAAAUAUAUUGAUAUUAUUAAACUUGUUGAAUCAAUAUUUUAAGUUUCACGCCAGUUGUACCAAAGGUUAUAAGUGCUAUAGCGCAUCAUAAGUCUCAGAAGGCAUGCAACAUGUACGCAUUGCGUACCUAUUUUUCUUCAAUCUAAUCGAAGUGUUUUCAUGUUUUUGAAACAAAAAUAUUUAAACUGUAAAUCGCCUAAAUAAUCGUCGAAAACUAUAUGGUUUCAAAAGCGUUACCUCAAGCUCAAGCAACGUAGAAAAAUAUAAAAAGUAGUUGUGUAAGUUUUUCAAAAGAUUAUUGAACUCCAUUUAUAUUAUAAAACAGUUGAAAUAUUUUUAGAACAUACUUGUUGAGUUUGAGUUUGUCUUCAUCUUUCGUGUUUUGUUUUCGCUUGCACAACAACCUUGAAAAUGUAUUCUUAAACGACGAUUUCUGUAUAUAUUCUGUUCAGAACUAUUACUUUUCGUAAAAAAAAACGCAACGGGAAUGGGUUUUUCUUCUUUCUAAAACUUUUUUCCACUUUAACUCUCGAUAUAAUUGUUUUUGCAAAAUUUUUUGAAAAAACCCAAUUCGCACUCCCCGCAACCGCGCGAAAUUCCUUGCCUCAGGAUUAUGGGACUAGUCAAAAUGCCCUUAUAAAUCCGCCAUUUUGUGGAGACAAAAUUUUUACUGAGAAAAGAUAGGAGCACGCAUUCUAUGUCUAUUAUUUCUAUGGCAUAUACUAUACGCGCCUUCAUUUGCGCCUGUCAUGUUAAAACAGGCAAACAUGAAAACGAGGCCAUCGGGGCAUAUGUGCAAUAAACAGUAAAGUCUAUUUUUGUGUAUUUCUCAGAAUUCUCAGAUUGAUGGUAGAAACAGUGAUAAAUCAAGAAAAAAUCCACAAAGAAGUUCUUUACUUGGGAUUGAACUAACACGAGCUCAUCAAUUACUCACAGAAGAACGUCAUUUUGAUCAUGUGGGCCACAAUGAUACACUAAAUACUGAAGAUAAUUCGAAGGUAGGUAUAAUGGUAUAAAAUUAUUUAAUAAUCUUUAUCAGAUAUAUUAAACAUUAACAAACAAUUAAAACUUUUUAAUACAUUAUUAACGUACAAGAAUUGAGAACCGCCGUUUCAAGCAAAUUUUCCUUGUAAGACGUUUUUAGCAGUGUUUCCAACAGGGGCAAAUAUUCGUGAACAUAUCGAUCGUACCUGUAUAUUUCAAAACAUCAGAUCUGCAUGUACUUGUUUGUUUGACCUAGCGAGAACGUGCCACAAAAGAUCUGCUUUUGUUCCAAAUGAUACUCAUCCAUAUACUUGGAGACAUUUAUGUACAGUGGAAGUUAGAAUCGUUUUAACAUGGACCAGGACAAGUUAAUUUUUCGUUCCAGUGUUUAUAAUUCAGAUUUUGUACACAUUUCCUCUGCUGGAUGUGUUUUCUGUAAAAACUACUAACAAUGAAGGAAUGAUUAUUACUAUGAAGGAAAGAUUUCUUCUGUACUUGGAGAAUUCUUAUUCAGUUUUUGAUUUUACAACGUGAGUAUAUGACCCCUGUACCCGAUGUGCCUGCGAUAUAAAUCAUACAAGUGGAAAAAAGCAUUUUUCUUUCAUGAUGAACUGUAUGUCAUGUACUGUGUUUAUAUAAUUUCUAAUUGUUAUUAACAACUAUAAAAAUGCAGGUGUUCUUUGAAAUUGCAGUGGUGCGAUUAUUACUAUAAUAUGUUUUUGCACACAUUAUAUAUAAUAAUGGUGAUUUGGGUUCUUUUGUAACAUAAGUUAAUUUCAUGUGAUAUACUACUGAUUUACUAUAUGACAAAAGUGUAUAUGUACUAUUUGAAACAUGAGCAGCCGAUCUUUAUCUGAUAUACAAACUCGAGCCGAAGGCGAGAGUUUGUAUAUCAGAUAAAGAUCGGCUGCUCAUGUUUUAACGUAUUUAAAAAACGACCCAUCUUAUGAGUUCAUUGGCGAAGUAAUUUUAAAAAUUAACAUUGUCUAAGCCGAGAAUAUCAAAGCUGAAGUUUAUGUAAAUCAGGACAAAUCUUUAUCCGAUUUACAAACAUUGAUUAAAGUGCAUAUGACAUGAAAUUUCUUAUUUUCUUAAACGAAAGAACUCUUUAAGCUGUAGUGUAACUUAUUUUUCAGUUUCUUGUUUUUAUGGUUUGUUCCCGAGAUAUUUCAGUUUGUUUGAUAUGUAAAUGAGUGUGAAUAUGUCCGCUAUUUUAUGACGUCACGUUGGUUGCAAGCUCAACUUACACUGGCUAUAAAUCUAUUAACUCUAAAAACUGUAGACAUCUGUUCACGUUUUUCUACAGUGUUUCAUCACAUUUACCAGUGAGUGAAGUUUGAAAUUAUCAUCUUGGAUGAUAGCAGUGAUAUUCAACCAUUUUGAAGAGCUUGCAACCAACAUGACGUCAUAAAUUAGCGGACAUAUUCACACUCAUUUACAUAUCAAACAAAUUGAAAUAUCUCGGGAACAAACCAUAAAAACAAGAAACUGAAAAAUAAGUUACACUACAGCUUAAAGAGUUCUUUCAUUUAAGAAAAUAAGAAAUUUCAUAACAUUCAUUUCUUUUGAAUUUUCUUCAUGAAUUAUUAAUGAGUAUUUUAAGGGAUAAUUAACCGAUGAUUUAUUAAGAAAUACAUAUGUGAAUAUAUGGAACAUUCUAGAGUAAUGCUUACCUUGUUUCAUCGUUCAGGAGUUGUGUGCCAAACAUACAAUUAUUUUUUCUAGUUCAGUUCAUCUCCUGGAUCAGCUUUAUAGAUUUUGGUAUCAAAGGUGGAAUUUAUCAACCUCGUGUGACAUUUUAUACAAGAAAAUAAUAUAUGAAUUAUUUAAAUAUUGGAUAUCUGAAUUAAACUGCAGAGAUAAAUGUUUAAACCAUUAUCACAAAAUAUAAAUCCAAAGUUUUUACAUCAUGUAAUUCGUAGGGAUAAUGUGCAGACGAUAAUGCGCACUAAAGUUAAUAAUACAAAUUAUGGGAAAGAUUUGUAAUUAUUUAUAAAAAUUCAUUUUUUACAAAGAGAUUCUGAGAGGUUUAAAAUACACUUUAUCAUUCGUACGUUGUGUUGACAGUUUGUGUUGGGAAUAAUUUGAUGCUUAACAUUACUGUAUCACGUGAUUCGUUUCCUGUAUUAUGUUUUUGCAUAUCGAAAAGUCAUUUUCUUAACCAAAGAUAAUUAAGCUCCUUAAUUACUCUCGAAAAUGUUUUUCUUAUCUGUACCCGAUUACAUAUUUAUUUCCUAAUAUUCGAGUACAAUUUCGUCCGUGUAUAUACAAGUUCCAGCUUUGGUUAAGACUCUGCUUAUUGUUUAUGAUGUGGUUAAGCUGUUAAAUGAUAGUAGCGUUAAAUGCUUGGCUAUACGUGGCAAUGACUAGGCGAGCUAGAAGCAUUUAUUUGGGGCUCGUUCUAUUCUCCUUUUAGUAGGCCAAACCAAAACCUAAGAUUACCAAAUCGCCAGCUAAUUUGUUGGCGGAAAGGUAAUACUUCAUGUAGUGAUUGUUUAUAGCUAGCUAUCGGUCAUCAUGAUUUCCUCGGUGUGUGAAUUAUUUAGUGGGAUGAUCAAGAUAUUUCGCGUAUUUCUACUCGUACUUAUAUAAUUUUUUAACCAUACUCUGUUUUCCUUGUUUCUUAAAAACGUAGGAUUUAACAUUUAAUUUUUAAAUUUUAUUUGCAGAUAAUAGAAAAUCAUCGUGCCAUUAAAGUGAAUGCAAAAGCUUCAUUUUCAGAUGAGAUUACAGUUAUUUUAAUAGGACUUCUAAUAUUUAGCUUGAUUUUUAACAUAUUGACGUUUUUUAAUACGUUCACACAUUUAAAAUAUUUACUAGAUGUAAUUCUCACUGAGUUAAUGAACGAAUUAUGAUAAAAUUUUGUAAACGAACUUGUGAUCUUAAAAAAGUACAUUAAAGUAGGAAUUUUAAAAUUUAAAAUUCAUAUCCUACGACGUAGGACCUACGUGACAUCUAUUCUAAUGCAGAGAUAUGUAAAAUACUAAUAUUGAUUAAUCGAUAUCUAAAUUAUUUCAUUUAUAAAUUAUCGUAAUUAAUUGUAUGAUGUAUGUGGCAAUUUCCUGUCUUUAUUCUCUUGUAUAAACGUGCCGAUAAGCUUGUUUAAAAAGUAGUAUAUAAAUAUUGACCUUCAUGACACGGUGUGUGUUAAAUUCUUGUUGAUGUUGUAUUAUAUUAACACUACUCAGACAUGAUAAAUACGAAAAGUGAUAUUAAAUGAAAACUUGAGACCUCAAUUUCCGUCAGUAUUAUAUUAAAUGGCUAUUGUGUCAGCACAAUCCAUUAACAAUCGCCACGAGAUAAUAAAACUUUAACAAGCUUUUAAUUGCUAUUCAGCAAGCUUUCUGUCUUUUUUAGGAAAACGGUUUUAAUAUUUUAUAAGAGAAAGAACUAUUUAUAACGAUCCUUGACACUGUUUUAAGCCAGUGUUUUUAUGACAAAUAAUUGUACAUCAUUGAAAUGGAUUGUCAUCCAGUUGUACAUACAGCUGUAUAAUUAUUGACAUUGUUGUCUGGGAUCUCUAUGACCGUUUUGGUUGAAAUAUUAAACCGCAACGUCAUUGAAAACCCAUUAACUGAAUUUAUUCGUAUUCACAAAAAAUGUAUUCUCUUGGACAAAUAUUUGUGCAUUAAACGUUAGCCUUGUCCAAUUGUAAGAGGAAAAACUUCCCACAUCCGGCAGACGAAUUAAUCGCUGGAAAACCUUGGUAUUCUGUAGACAAGACAAUUACAUGAGCUGUUCUUAUUUUAUCAAUGUAUUUACAGUAUCUGAAUCUUGCUUAUUCAUACCACAGAUGCCUGAAUGUUAUUCACAUGACCAUAAUAUAUCUAUAAUAUCUUCUUGACCGAGCUUUCUACAGUUCUAUAACUUACUAUUUAGGGUUAUACACAUGAUGUGGAGUUUGGAGCUUCUAUUAACCGUGAUUUUACCCGCAUCCGAUAUAACCUCAGUUUAAAAAUUUAUAAAGGUGUCCAAAUAAGAAUUAUAUGCAAAUUACUCAAGAAAAUUUAUUGUGUGUAUAGGAAUAAAAAAUCUGUAUCUACAAUGUAGGUGGUUGAAAAUAAAGUUCUAUUGAAUAGUGCUAAACCUCCUUUAUUACUUAUUUCACUAUUUUUGCCAAAUGUGGCAACCGUUGUUGCCUCGUUAAAAGAACCACAGAAAUAUUUGAAAAUUGUUAAUCUGCAGCUGCAUAAUUAUUUAUUAUGUUGUUAUUCUUAUAAUUUAUGUUGGCAAAAUGUACAACAACUCAAAUUGACAUUUUGCGCUUUGUCAAAGAUGGAUGGAGACAAAAUCAUUUUAUAAAUUUUAGUCAAAAGAUGUAGUCAAAAGAUCUGUUUCAUAAGUUGACAUUAAAUAAUUUCUACGUACAACAUGUUUGGCCGUUUAGUUAGGCUGUUAUACUGGGGCGAGUUGUCCAAAGCUGGAUUAACGCUGCUCCUGGGUUUGUUUAUUUCUGCAUCGCCAUUUAUUUUAAAACGUCAGAAAGUAAAACUUCUGUUCAUCCAAACAAUAUCUCUGGGAAAUUAUUUCCAGCUUUUUAACAAGUUGUUGCUAACCGGCGUUCGAGCAACCGAUUCCCAGUAUUUACUUUUGCUUGUAUUAUAACUUAUGACGUGAAAUAUUUCGUUUAUCUAGAGGACUGGUGACGAGUUGCGGGAGACUUCGAGGAAACUUCAAAUUCAACGCGAGAAACAGAAGGAAAACGCGAGACAAAAACACACGGAAGAUAGUCGUGGACAUAAACAAGAUGGGUAAAUAUUUUUUAAAAAUGCUGGAAGUGCGACCAGGAUUGAACAUAGUAAUGAUUUUUGAGACGUUCUCUGGUUGGAAAUGUUUAUUUUUCACAAGCUUUCGGCUACCAGACUGGCAGCCGAAAGUAUGUGAAAAAUAAACAUUCCCAACCAGAGAACGUCUCAAAAAUCAUUAUGGGUAAAUAUUUGUUUGUAGAUGUACGUAUAAAUUAUAAUAGCGUGGUUAAUUAUUUUGAGUUCAAUUUUAAAAACUGUACACGCGCAGUCAUGUUUAAGACUCUGAAGAUUGUACGCGCGAGAAUAACAAGCUCCAAUCUCGUACCCAGGCCAAAUAUACGAGAUUGGACAAGCGCCACUUGGAAAACACACGACAGGUGAGUGGUGUUUUUUAAAUUGAAUAUCUUUUUUCCUUUUUAGUUCCAGGUCAUUGGACAGAAGGAAAUUAACAGGAAAUAAAAAACCUGCCACCGUUGUCAAAGUGUAAGAAGUGAUUAUUAUACACUUAAUGUCUGCUCCCGAGGGAAAUAGUUUUGUUUUCCAGAGAAUCUCAAACAUUGAGAUUUGAGGGAAAACAAAACUAACUAUUUCCCGAGGGAACAGACAUUCAGUGUUUUGUUAUAUAGCGUUGAACAAAAAUCAACAUUCAUACGACAAUUGUAUUUCGUGACAAAAACUGUACAGUGUAAACGAGAGUUUAAAACGGUUUCAGCAGCAUAUCCUGUUGCCUGUUGUGUAUUUUUCUUCUUUUUUACAUUCUUUAUUUGAACACAAAACUUGGAAAAUCGUAGUUUCUAAUUAUACGAGUUGUGCCGCCAUUUUGUUUAUUUAUGUACGUAACCAGUCGGGGCGAGCAACAAUUUUUAACUUGUUGCCCGGCAGGAUAUAUUGUAUUUAUCUAAAGCCACGUGACUACAAAUCAGCCAAUCACGUUUGGUGUUCACCCUUAGCUAUAUAACAAUAACUGUUAAUUCAUUUAAUCUGGAAAAUCCCUUUGUAAAAUAUAACAUGUUUAACUAUGUAGAAAAAGAUGACUGUUUUCAAUUUAAUUUUUUUCAGUAUUGGCAGCGAAAAUAAAUCGAGCGUUGUAAAGAAAGUUGAAGUUACAACUAACUUGGUAUGUAGAAAGAUAUGAGUUUAUUCAUGGGUUGUUUCUUAUCUCUGCUCUGUAACACGUGCAGACGCCUCAUUUCCAUGAUGUCAUAACCGACAUUAUGUAAAUCGUAAUAUCCAUUCUGAGGAAAUCUUUGUUAAUGACUCAAAAAAGUUUCAAAUUUAAUUACGAACUUUGUUGACUAUUGAAUUAACUUGAUAUUUCAGGGAAUGGAUUCGCUGAGGGGAGUGGGGUGUGCAGCUCCCUAACCUUUGAAAAGGGGAGGGGUUGCAAGAGGGGAGUGCCAAUUUCCUUAUCAUGUCCAUUUAUUUUCGAUAUGGAAAUGCAAUAUCCUGUCACCUUACCACAAUAAGGCCCCUGAACUCUACCAGAUCUAGCUGUUGGGUAUUGUAUGAAAGAAGUAGUUUCCCUUUGUUUUUUUAAGAAGUAGUUUCCCCGUUGGCAUCUCCAUUUCUUUGACUCUGCGGUAGUCACCGAAACUGUCAUGCACUUCAGUGGCGAACACUUGACUAGGGUGAAUGGAGGAAAAACAUCUCCAAUGUUGUGUUAUACUUGAAUAUUUGCGCCAGCCUCUGGCAACUGCUGAUCCGCCAUCACAUGUUUUUUUUAUGUCGACAGAAAGAAGAUUUGCAAGACAGUCGGAAAGAAGCUAAAUUGUCGAAGAAAAAAUUAGAAUCAGAAAAGAAGAAAAUAAGAAAAGAAAGUGACGUAUGUGAAAAUGAAUUACUAUUUAACAUUCGGGAUAAUAUUGACCAUAAUAUAUUUAAUCUAAUCUGUUUUGUCUGUUCCAUGCUUUCCAUUAGAGUGAUAGAAAUAGUGCUGAUGAGGAAAAAGGAGAUAAAAAUACUGAGGUUUGUGACAAUGAAAUAUGAUAUAGAGAUAUUAUAUGUUUAUUAACAAAAGUGCAAUAUUUCUUUCCUAUGAAUUAGUGCCAGUGGUUUGUUUCUUCCGCUAACCUUCGUAUUUAGAGAGGGAUUUUACUCUCGUUAAUUUUGCGUCUGUUUUCUGCUUAAUAGAACUUACCGUUCCCUGGAAUACACAAACGAUCCCAAUUGGCCACGCCGACCUCAGGUACAUAAUUUUCUCUUCGUUUUUCGUACGUAAAAUAUAAAUCUCGCGUGAAUCAGUAUCUUAAGAUAUCAAGCUUUAUGUGAUAUACCGGUCUCCAGGUAGGUUUGUGACCCCAUUCGUGCUGCUAAUGGAUUUAUGAUUUGGACAAAGCAGCAAAUUGCAACAACAGUUCUAGAAUAUUUCAAUGUUUAUAUAUAGCGUAUUCCACUUCGAUCCCAAACUUUACUGUACGAAGAAUGUAUGAAAGUGUUCGGGAAGAAUUUGAGAAAGUAGAAUUGCUUAGAGAAGUAAGUAUUCAUGAUAAAGAUGAUAUAUUUUGAAAGCAAUACUAAAUAGUUAUAUACAAACAACAAUAUAUAGAGGGUUAAACACUUUGCAGAAAAUUAUAAGCUAAAGUAACUUUAUACUCAUACUGGAUACGUUUUUCGGUUCUGUCUUGAAUUAGAUUGUUCAAAGUUCUUGCAAGAAAUGGCCGUAAUCCAGUGUUAACUACAAGAGCAAUCCGGAAUAUCCUGAGAAAACCUGCUCUAAUGCGACUCAUGCUAAAGCCGAUUUUCCACUUCGCCCGUAUCGUACCGAAACGUACUGGUGAGCAUGCGCAGAUUGAAAAGAGGUUUAUAAAUCCACGUACUUCCGGGUGUAUUCGCGUAUCAAAAUAAAACGUUUGUCGCAAGUCAACUUUUUGGCGUACUACGGAAGUACUAACCAAUCAACAUUCACGAAAUUUUGAAAUUUAAAAACGUUUUUGAUACGUUUCGGUACGGUACGCUUGAAGUGGAAAACCGGCUAAGUCAGACAGCUGCAUGCGGAUUGCAGGAACCAAACGGUGAAAGUCACUUCUUCUCAAAACAUCACCCAAAUGCAAUUUUGCAUGUGCAUGUAUAGCAACAAUGUCCAAUAUAUCACUAAUAUAUCAGAAUAUACUUUAUUGCUGACUGGGAAUAAUAUGGUUUGCCACUGUGUCACAAAGUUGUGUUUUUUCGUUUCUUAGGCAAUUGAAAGUCGGUUAAGAGUCAGAUUACCAGAUGAUAUACCGGCAUGCUUAGCGGAUGGUACUGUUCUUUGCCAUCUAAUUAACUAUAUCAGGAAAGGAACGAUACCAACGAUAUUCGUCCCCACCCCAAACAUGGUAGGUCACUUACAGCUGUUCGACGCUAUUUAUUAAUAUUUAACAACUUGCUGUCCCUCAAAGUUAUCCUUAAAUACUAUAAUUCGUUUUUGUAAGGACCGCAAUGAAUAUUAAAUGUAUAAACAACUGAAUAUGCUUGUUUUAAUAUAGCCUAAACUUACAAUGAGCAAAUGUCUAAAGAAUGUGGACCAUUUUCUCGCAGCCUGCUCAAAAUUAGGAGUUGAAAGGGUGAGUAAAUAAUAAUUUACGAGAAACAACAUACCUAAGUACAGUAUCAUCCCAUAUCUAGUUUAGAAUUUCAUUUUGGAGAUAAUUCCAAUAAACGACACAGUGCAACUGUGAUCACUUCAUAGUGGUCACAGGUUCCUAUCGAAUUUAUAGACUGCGUCUUUUCGUACGUUUUUAAUAAGACAAUCAUUGAACGUGCUGUGUUUAUUUAAGGAUAAACUAUGUAGCCCAUCGGACAUAGUGCAAGAGAAAAAUCCUGGCAAUGUUUGGUUAACGGUUGAAGCUCUACUAACAGAAACGAUGUCAAGUUAACAUCAGCCGAACAAAGAAAUGGUCUUACGUCAUCUCGCUAACACAAGCCAGUCGUGGACUAAAGAUAUAUUGAACAAUGAUAUUCGCUCCAUGGAUGUUGCCUCAGUCUAGUUUUUACUAAAAUGUACAGUAGAUAUAAAUUUUACAUUCUCAUAGAAAUACUUACUUGUAUUUAAUAGAGACAGCUUAAAAAUAGACUUCUGAACGUAGUCAACACAGUGUUGAAUUACGGAUCAACUUGGCCCACGUCAGGUGUAUAAAGAACUAAAAUAAGUAAAAAUAAUGGCAAAGAGGUGCUUUACUGUAACUGUGCAUGUAGGCUGAUUUAGAUUCAAGACGACAAUGCGACAAGGAUGAUCAACAAACAUGGCACAUCAACUUGUGCUAUUUCAGUUUUCUUCUAAUGGGCUCGAUGUAUUACUGGAGUGGUAUCUAAGGCGCGUAAAAUGAGAAUGCUGGAUGCCAGUCUCAGUCUUUUCCGGUCGAUUCUGCUACCACCAUCUUUAGCUUCUCUUUUUAGUCACAUUGUUGAUUGAUGUUCUUUCUCCAGUCACGCGAUGCAUGUUCACUCCUUUUUUCAUGUCAGCAAACUAUGUCAUAUUCACUUACUGUCAAUAUACUGAACGCAUCCUCAUGGUUUUGUCAGCCUGAAUCUAAAUUUGGCAAAAGUUUAUGAUAAUGAUGUUAAUUAAAGUCUAAUAUUAAUAAUGAUGGUACACCAAUGAACAAGGUUAAAAAGUUACAUAAGAAUUUAAUAGCCGUCAGUGCACAUUUCCACAAAUUUUAAAAUUAAUAGUCAAUGGAGUUGUAGUUGUUAAAAAUCCUCAUAACUGGAAAUGUAUUUUAAAUAAGAGAUUUGUUGAGUUUCUGUUAAAUGCAACACAAUGUCGGUUUAAUUCCUUAGUGUUCUUGCCAAAGUGCACUGAAAUAUAUAUAGAUCAAAAAUUAUCAAGAUAUUAAAAUAAUAGUCACCUUUUUAGAGAAAAUUUGUUAUACUAAGGCUGAAAAGACUGAAUUCACAAUAAAAGGUAACAAAUCAAACGUGUUCGAUUAUAUAGAAAAAUCAUCUUCAGGAUAUAUGUAUCCUGACUAUAUAGUCGAAAACGUUUGUUUCACCUUUCUUAAAUUUAGUUUUUAUGCCUCUAAUUAUAUGUGCAGAAUAAUGAUAGUUUUCAUAUAUUAUUUAGUAGGAAAUAAAUAUUCGUAUGAGUUGAUCAUAAUUAUUUAAAUUUUGACAUGCUUACCUUUUCUUAAUCGCCGGCUAUAGAUAAACGGACAUGCCUUGCGGUUAUUUCAGAUGCCGUGAUUAAUAUCAGAAACCUGUGAAAUUCCAAAUGCAGGCGCGCUGAUCGGCGUUGCGGAACAGGACUGGCAUGAACGUGCUUUUGAACGAAACCAACUGGCUAUCAAAGGACUGCGAUUUUCUAGUGCUUUCGGGCAAUCGCGUGGGUACGACUGGCUGUCGGGCAAUUGGACCUACUGCACACACAACGAAUCUUAGAUGUAGUUUUAUCACAUUUCCAGUGAGGAAUGCCAGAAAAAGGACUUUAAUAAUAAUAAUAAUUACAAUUUAUAUAGCGCAAAUUAGCAUUUAUAUAUGAUCAAAUGCGCUGUACAAUAAAGUAUUAAAAUAGUUAAAAUUGAAGUAUACCUAUCUAUGUAUUUAUGUCAAAAGCUAAUCUAAAUAAAUG